ACUACACGGACGACGUUUACAGGAACACACAUUUGAGGGAAUUCUCAACAGAGCAGCGGGUUUGGUGUUUCUUUUGUAAGUACAUCUUAAGAGAGCAAACACACAGAGAGAAAUUCAUCAGUAUGGCUUCAACAGUUGACUUCAGGACUCACGUGGAUCAGUCGUGCAGAUACUCCGAGGAGUUUGUCAACAUUUACUAUGACUGCAUGGACAAGAAAAGAAGAAACCUGACGAGACUUUACCUGGAUAAAGCGACACUGGUGUGGAACGGGAAUAAUGUUUCAGGACAGGAUGCACUUGGAGAAUUUUUCGAGUCUCUUCCCUCAAGUGAAUUUCAGGUGCACACACUCGACUGCCAGCCUGUCCAUGAACAAGCGACUCAAGGCCAGACAACAUUGCUGGUUGUCACUGCGGGCACGGUCAAGUUUGACGGGAGCAAACAGAGAUAUUUCAACCAGAAUUUCCUGUUAACGGCUCAGGCAUCCACAAACAGCGACCAGCCAGUGUGGAAAAUCGCAAGUGACUGUUUUCGCUUCCAAGAUUGGGCAAGCUGAAUGAUCACGGCUUCCCACUCUACAUGUCCUGUUUGUAUGAAAAUACUUCAAAACAAUGGCCAUUGUGGAAGAUCUGAGUGACUGUUACUUCCAUGGCUAGUGUAAUGUUUACUAUUUUAAAGCGUUUUAGAAAUGAAACAUUUGUUACAAAAUCACACAGUGGACAAUAUGUACUCUGUAGAAAACAAUUUAAUUAUCACAAUGUAUAUUACAUAUAGAAUGUGGUUCACAAAAUUGAAUAAAUAAGAGCGUCAUGAAACAUUCAAGCAAAUGCACGGGAUCCUCUGACGUUCACAUUUUAAAAUGGUCCAUUACAUACAAUUAAGUUGGGACCCUGAGGCUUGAUGGAAAAAUAAAAUGAAGUCUUGAAAUCUUUUUAAAUUUUUUUUUAAAGAUAAUAUCCUUCCAGAAGGGAGAACACACAAUCCAAUCCAUUUCAAACAACAAAGUCUUGAUUGGUACAGUAGCUGUUUUUUUUUUUUUUUUUUUUUAAAUAAUGGCAUAAAAACACAUUUAACACACUUAAAUUAAACAUUGCAGCAGUGCAAAUGAACAAUACUUUUCUCAAUAGUAAUUAAAUAUUUGGUAAGGAGAUUGGUGUCAGGAUAAUCUUCAAAUGAAAGUCUGCAUUUUCUGAAGCAGCAACUCAAAUAAAUUAUAGUGCAAAAAAAAAAAAACUAGGCAGUGUCUACUAACGAACGAACAAUUGAACAAAUUUGAACAAAACAUGGAAAAUAUUUCCGAAGACAAAAGCCCAAUCUAAAUGCUCAAGUCAGUAAUCUAGUCACUAAACAUUGUCAAAUAUAUUCUACAGACCGCAGUGGGAACUGAUUAAACAUGGUGAGCUUCAGCAGCGGUUGCUUUUACAGAUAAACAUUUGCUAAAAUGUUAAAACGGUUUCCCUUCAUAACUGCCAGCUACAAUUUUACAGUCCUGAGUCCUUCCAAAAGUACAAGGUCAGUCAAUAAAUUAGCACAAUAUUAACAUUUGAAAAACCACUUAGUGCACACAAAACAAAACAAAACAAAAAAAUCGGAAAGUCACACAUAAAGAACGAUAAUCGAUCAGUCAUGGAGCCAUUGUAAAUCCUUUCGAGUAAUAUAUUACACCAUCAUCAGUGGACGUGCGUAGUUCCUGACAGGAGCUCACUGUUAUUGAAAAAAAGACCGCUCGGAAGGCACAAAGAGAUCACCAUACGCUGCUCACUUCACAAAGGAAGUACAGCCUCUCUGUACAGUGACGACCUCGUCUCGUAUCUAACGACUGGGUUUCGCCUUCAGAUUCUUUACAAGUGUAUUAGAAAGAUGAAAAUACAAACUGAUCAUUUUUUUUUU